GCUUUGUUUAAUAAGUAACUUAUUGUAGUGGGGCAGUCGUGACCCUAGCAGUCGUGCCUUAAAUGACUGCCAACCUGCGCUUCGGCGCUCUACAACUUGCAUGUCGCUCCGUAGCUGCUGAUAGUAAGCUUGUAUCUGCAGCAACUGCUGCUGUGAACUCUCUUAGCCCCUCUUUCAGCUUGAUCGGCGAGGAGGCGCAUACUUCCAGAAUAGCAGGGAACAGCGCUCCGACAGCAACAACAUCAGCAUCCAGUAAUUCAUCUUUUGGAAUGCUCGUUACUCCCCACAGUUCUACCUUUGCAAGGCCUGUCGCAAAUGCGCCUCCAUCACCGCCGGCACUACCAGCACGUUGCAGCGCUUCUCAUGGCAAUACUCUUCCAUUGCGGAGUUCUCUAAAUACAACUACACGUCACAUCCUCUCUGGCGCCCUACGCCAGCCGUCGCACACCUCAAUCCGUCAUGACAGCUCAGCUUGCUGCCAAGCUACCGCAUACAGCGGCUCUUCCCUUCGCUCGCUCUCCACGCGGGUUCCUCAUCACGCCGCGUUCUCAUCCUUUGGUGCGGGGCCAGGGGAGCCGUUGGCAGUAGCAGCAGCAUCUGCACCUUCAAUUCCUGCUGUGGAGCGUCCACUUGGAGCCGCGACUGCAGCAACGGGCGUCGCCUCUAUCUCGGGCAGAGGUCUCUGGACCGGUAGCGUUGGCACCGGCAGCAGCGGCCUUGUAAGCAGCGUUGGCAGCAGCGGCCUCAUCACCCCCGUUGGCAGCAGCAGCAGCCUCAUAAGCUGUAGCAGCAGCAGCAGCAGCAGCGGUCUCCGAGCCUUCGGUUCUUGGGGAGGCGGCAGUGCUGGCGGCAGCAGCGGCAGCAGCGGCCCCCCCGAGGGUCACGGCCUGCCCCCGCCCGUCAUCAUCAGCCCGGUGGCCCUGCGUGUGGUGGUGAUCGGCUGGAUGGGCUCCAGCAAGCGAUACCUCAACAAGUACGGCGCGCUGUGGGCCCGCAGCGGCGACCACGAGGUGCUGCUGGUGCGCCCCAGCGUGGCUCAGACGCUGGUGCGCUGGCGGGGGGUGGUGGUGGCGGGGCGCGACAUCGACCGCGUGGCUCGCCUGCACCGCGAGAACCCCGCCAUGCCCACCGUGUACCACAUCUUCAGCACGGGGGGGUUCAUCCACGCGGGCACCAUGUGGCGCUGGAUGGACGAGGUGGAGGACGUGGCGCAGCGGAGGGACCUGCUGGAGGAGGUUCGCGCCAUCAUCUUCGACUCCGCGCCCGCCUCCGUGAACCCCGACAUGGCCUCGCGAGCCAUCGUGUCCGCCCUCACGCACACACCCGCGGAGGAGCUGCGGCAGGACAUGCCGGGCUGGCAGGGUGCGCUGCUGGGAGGCACGCGGGGCUUCCUGCAGGGCUAUCUGCGCUCCAGGGGGGUGCAGCUGCGGACGGAGGAGGUGUACGACGCCUGGUACAACCUUGCCCCCACCUGUCCGCAGCUCUACCUGUACAGCGACGCCGACCCGCUGGUGCCUGCGGGGGACGUGGAGCGGUACAUGGGUGUGCAGGAGGGGCGCGGGGUGGAGGUGAGCGGGCACAAGUGGGGCGACAGCGGGCACGUGGAGCACUACCGCCGCUACCCGCAUGAGUAUGCGUACCAGAUAUCCGCUUUCCUGGCGAGGGCGUUGAAGGACUGGUGAGGAGGAGGAGGGGUGCAGUGGUGGUGGUGGUGGUCGUGGUGGUGGAAAGAGGAGACCAGCGAGCUGUAUGCGGUGGUGGUGCUGGUGGAAGGAGGAGGAGGGCAGGUUAGUGUGGAGGGUGGCGGGGAGGACAGGGAUGGGAAUGGUCAGGGAGUAGGGAGUAGAGGAGUUUGUGGGCUUAGGGAGGUGUGGUGCCGUAGCUAGGAAGCAGGGCGCCGAGGAAGGCUCGGGUCCGAGGAGGUGCCCCGUGAGAUGCAGGCGAGCGGCGGAGAAUCCUUGGAUAGGCAUUCGAGUCGCAGCAGCAGUGGUAGUGCGGAGGGGUGCCGGGUCUGGCGCUCGGGCCAACCCACCCUCAUCACCGCAGCUACGAACGUACGGCCGGUACACGGCAGCUGUGUAGGACGACGCAGGGUACGUGUCGAGAGGUGUCGUACACUGCUCCCUCUUGCUAGUCGGGAUCCGGGCUUUACGUGCGGAGGGGUGGGGCUUGACGUGCUUGAACUGUUGGAAGCCCCUGUGCCCCUCCGGUGACCCAUGGGCCGCCGUCAUCCCGGCUGUGUCGUACGAUGUGAAUACUGUGAGCCACAUUGCGAAUGCGGUAUGUGUGAGGAAGGCUGGCUGCGAGGGGGAAUCACGCUCUGGUUGCCGGCGGAUGAAGUCCCCGCAGAAACGCCACAAGUGAAGUAGUCUCCGUUGGCUGGACCUGUGUACACGUGGUGUGGUGUGGGACAGCGCAGAGGGGCCUUUCGCGCGGCGUGCGGUGUGAGGAGGAUAAGGUGAG